AUGUGCUGUUUAGAGAAGAGUGGUAACAUUUUCACUCUCACGUUAACCGGCGAAGACGAUGAACACCGGUUAAGUCCAACGCUAAUCGAAUCAAUCCACAUUGCUCUCAAACAAGUUCGUACUAAUGCAAAACCUGGUUCAGUUUUGAUCACAACAGCACAAGGCAAAUUCUUUUCCAACGGCUUUGAUUUGGAGUAUGCUGCAUCCGCAGGAUCUUCCACCGGGUCUGACAAUCGGUUCGGUGGGAUAUUUGGUGGUUUCAAAUUUGUCAUUGCUGAACUUUUAUCGCUUCCGAUGCCUACCAUAGCUGCAGUUUCUGGUCAUGCUGCCGCAGCUGGAUUCUUUCUUGCAUUGAGCCAUGACUAUGUAUUGAUGAGGAAAGACGGAGGGGUUUUAUAUAUGAGUGAGUUGAAUAUUGGGCUAAAUUUUCCUGAUUUUUAUACGGCUUUAGUGAAGUCAAAGAUUCCGUCUCCCAGGGUUCGAAGAGAUGUUUUACUUCGAUCUAUGAAGAUUAGGGAAGAUAAGGCUGUGGAAAUGGGGAUAGUUGAUUUUGCUUUUGAUACUGUUGAGGAAACAAAAGAAGCUGCUUUGAAAUUGGCAGUGAAAUUGGGAUCCAACAAAUGGAAUGGUGAAGUUUAUGCUGAUAUUCGGAUGAACUCAUUUCCUGAAAUUUGUAAAUUGUUAGGAUUUGUUGCCAAUUUCAAAUCCGUUGUACCAUUCAAGUCAAAGCUCUGA